AUGCGCGCCUCCAUCCUCCCCAUCCUCGCCCUCCCCCGCCUCGCCCUCGCCCAGAACAGCGACCGCCCCCGCUGCGUGGCGACCUGCAUCACGAACAACCUCAUGUCCUCGCACUGCGACGGCGACGAGCAGGGCGCCGCCCUCGACGAGUGCACCUGCGCCGCCCUCAGCGGCAGCCCCAUGAUCGCCUGCAUCCGGGACUGCACGCCCGCCGACCAGGGCCAGUACGCCGCGCAGCUGCCCGGGCUCUGCCGCGACAGGCUGCUGCCGGACGCCGAGGGCGCGAGCGGCGGCGGCGGUGGCGGUGGCCAUGACGAUGACGAUGACGAUGACGACCAGACGACGACGACGACGGCUGCUAUUCUUACUACUACCAUGACCUCUCCUUCUGCCACGACUGCUGCCGGGGGUGACACGGCUACUGGGACGGAUGCUGCGGCGGCGGAGACGGAGACGCCGGCUGCCGGUGUGGGGAACGAGGUGCCCGUUGCGUUGGCCGCGGGACUGUUCGCCGCGCUGCUCCUUUGA